AGCUCUAAGAUCUUUGGUUGCAAGCACCAACCGACCGCCCCACGUUCUACGUUGCAAGUUCCGCCCGCCCCUCCACUUCCAUGCCGCAAAUUAUUCCAAUAUCUACGCGCGAAGUUGCUGAUUGGGUAGAAAAGCGCGCGAAGCCCGGGUCAUCUGAUCCAUUCCGCGCGAAAACGGGGCUUUGUGGGAGAAGUUGAUCAGUACUAAAGAUGUCAUCCCCAACAUCCACACCUAGUCGUAAAGGAAGCAAGCGAGGAAGAGGCAGUAAUCCUUCCACACCUCGCAGUGAUGGAGUGCAGUCUCCACCAUCGCAAAGGCAGCGAAUGGAUGACUCUACCUCCACCGGGGAGCUGCAACCGAUGCCCACGUCUCCAGCAGCAGAUCUUCAGAGCACUGCUGUGCAGGAAUCCUCCUUCCUCUCCAGCCCUGCACGAUCACGCCAUUCAGCUGCCAGUGAAUUUGACGUGAGCUCUCCUUUAAUUUAUGGCACCCCGAGCUCCCGAGUGGAAGGGACCCCUCGCAGUGGUGCACGUGGCACACCCAUACGACAGCGACCUGACCUGGGGUCUGCUCGUAAGGCUCGCCAGGUCGACUUGCAUGCAGACCAGCCUCCGGCGGAUGAUGUUGUGACCAGUGAGCAAUCUCUUGGCCAGAAGUUGGUUAUCUGGGGAACAGAUGUUAAUGUGGCUGCAUGCAAGCAAAAAUUUCAGAGGUUUCUUCAGCGUUUUAUUGACCCUUCUGCUAAAGAUGAUGAUGUUGUGGGACUGGACCUGAAUGAGCCACUGUACAUGCAACGACUCGAGGAGAUGAACUUGGUAGGAGAGCCAUUCCUAAAUGUGAACUCCUCUCAUUUGAAAGCAUUUGACACUGAACUCUAUCGGCAGCUUGUUUGUUACCCACAGGAAGUGAUUCCUACUUUUGAUAUGGCUGUGAAUGAACUCUUCUUUGAGCGUUUCCCUGACUCUGUACUGGAGCAUCAGAUCCAAGUUCGACCAUUCAAUGCUAUGAGAACCAAAAACAUGAGAAGUCUGAAUCCUGAAGAUAUAGAUCAAUUGAUCACGGUGAGUGGCAUGGUGAUCAGAUCUUCCCAAUUGAUUCCUGAAAUGCAAGAAGCAUUCUUCAGUUGUCAAGUGUGUGCUUCCUGCACGAGAGUGGAAAUUGACCGUGGUCGUAUUGCUGAGCCGUAUGUGUGCAAGAACUGUAACACCACACACAGCAUGGGUCUAAUCCACAACCGUUCACUAUUCUCAGACAAGCAGAUGGUUAAGUUACAAGAGUCGCCUGAAGAUAUGCCUGCAGGGCAGACACCACAUACAGUUAUUCUGUUUGCUCACAAUGACUUGGUAGAUAAAGUGCAGCCUGGCGAUCGUGUGAAUGUUACAGGCAUCUACAGAGCAGUUCCCAUUCGAGUAAACCCACGUGUGAGCACCGUGAAGUCAGUGUACAAAACUCACAUUGAUGUCAUUCACUUUCGCAAAACUGAUGAGAAACGACUUCACAGCUAUGAUGAUGAAAAGGAGCACAAGCUUUUUACUGAGCAGCGCAUUGAAAUGCUCAAAGAUCUGUCAAAGAAGCCUGAUAUUUACGAACGACUCUCUGCCGCAUUAGCUCCCAGCAUCUAUGAGCAUGAAGAUAUCAAAAAGGGUAUCUUGUUGCAGUUGUUUGGUGGGACACGCAAGGACUUUAGCCUUACUGGCCGUGGCAAUUUCCGUGCAGAGGUCAACAUCCUUUUAUGUGGUGAUCCUGGUACCAGCAAGUCUCAGUUACUGCAGUACGUGCACAACCUGGUGCCCAGAGGCCAGUACACGUCUGGCAAAGGUUCCAGUGCUGUUGGUCUUACUGCUUACGUGACCAAAGACCCGGAGACGAGGCAGCUUGUCUUGCAAACUGGUGCACUUGUUCUUAGUGAUAAUGGCAUAUGCUGCAUUGAUGAGUUUGAUAAAAUGAACGAUAGCACAAGAUCAGUCAUGCAUGAAGUUAUGGAGCAGCAAACACUUUCCAUUGCAAAGGCUGGAAUAAUCUGCCAGCUGAAUGCCCGAACAUCUAUUCUGGCAGCCGCGAAUCCAGUGGAGUCCCAGUGGAACCACAAAAAGACGACAAUAGAAAACAUCCAGCUUCCUCACACGCUCCUAUCCAGGUUUGACUUGAUCUUCCUUAUGUUGGACCCUCAAGAUGAAGCUUAUGAUCGUCGUCUCGCCCACCACUUGGUUUCACUUUAUUAUCGAAGUGAAGAAGAAAUGGAAGAGGAAUACCUUGACAUGGCGGUGCUCAGGGACUAUAUUGCCUAUGCCCGCACGUAUGUCCAUCCUAGGCUGAGUGAAGAAGCCAGUCAGUCGCUUAUUGAGGCUUAUGUCGACAUGAGGAAAAUCGGCAGUGGAAGGGGUAUGGUAUCAGCAUAUCCUCGUCAACUGGAGUCAUUGAUACGUCUGGCAGAAGCUUACGCCAAGGUGCGUUUUUCUGAAAAAGUUGAAAAUCUAGAUGUUGAAGAAGCAAAACGUCUUCACCGUGAAGCUCUGAAACAGUCUGCAACUGAUCCAAGGACUGGAAUUGUCGAUAUAUCCAUCCUUACUACAGGAAUGAGUGUCACCGCUCGUAAACGGAAGGAAGAAUUGGCUCAAGCCUUGAAGAAGCUCAUACAGUCUAAAGGCAAAACUCUUGCCAUGAGAUACCAACUGCUAUUUGAUGAUUUAAGAAGUCAAUCUGAUAUUGCUAUUACGAAGGACAUGUUUGAAGAAGCUCUCCGGGCUCUGGCAGAUGAAGACUUCUUAACUGUAACUGGGAAAACUGUUCGGCUACUUUAAGAACAAACGAACCAAGUUAAAAUCAGUAAUGCUUCUUUUUGAUCUUGGUUACUGAAUGAAGCUUGUUUGACUUUUUGAAAGAUGUAUUUUUCAUUAUUUUGCUUUAUUCUGCAGCAAUAUUUUGGUCAUUUCAUUUAGCUGUACUAAUAUGAAAUUAGUGUCUCUUGAUAACAUUGUACGCCAAGGGAAUUACAUAGCUGCUUUGCUACAUUUGUAAAUAGAUGAUUAUUUUUUCCAUCUUUGAGAUGAUGCAUUUUUCAAUUUGAAAGAAAUUAAAUAAUUCGGAUGCUAAUUAAAUAAAAUGUGCAAUAUGUUUUGUAUUGUCAGUAAAAAAAUAAAUAUUAACAUGGUG